AUGUCUAGGCUGCAGCAGGAGCAGCAGCAGCACGGCCACCACCACCAACAGCAGCAGCACCACCAACAGCAGCACCAACGGCAGCAGCAGCAGCAGCAGCAGCAGCAGCACCAACAGCAGCAGCAGCAGCAGCAGCACCAACAGCAGCAGCAGCACCAUCAGCAGCACCAACAGCAGCAGCAGCAGCAGCAGCACCAACUGCAGCAGCAGCACCACCAGCAGCAGCACCAACAGCGCCAACAGCAGCAGCAGCAGCAGCAGCAGCACCAGCACCAUCACCAGCAGCAGCACCACCAGCACCAGCACCAACAGCAGCAGCAGCAGCAGCAGCAGCAGCAGCAGCACCAGCACCAUCACCAGCAGCAGCACCACCAGCACCAGCACCAACAGCAGCAGCAGCAGCAGCAGCAGCAGCAGCAGCAGCAGCAGCAGCAGCAGCAGCAGAAGCUGACCAACGUAUCCUGGUGA